AUGGCUGGGACCGUGCUGCCCCUCUGCCUGCUCCUCGCUGCCGCCCUGCGGGGUGGCCUGACCCAGGGCCCGCGGGCCCACCCUGGGCUCCCGCUCCUGCGGCUGCGGCGGCUGGAGGAGCAGUUUCGUCGGCUCCAGGAGGUGACACUGAGCCAUCUCCAGAGCAUCGCCAGGAACUACAACAUCUCCUACAACAUCGACGAACGCUUCCAGGCACUGGCAGAGCAGGCAGAGGCAGCUGCUGCUGCCCGGGCUGCCCUAGGUGCCGAACUGGCCCGCUUGGCCACCACCAGCCGGCGGCUGCACCGCAGGCUGAAGUGGCUGGAGGGGACAGUGGGUGCCCUAAGCCCACCACACCAGCCACUCACCCACCCACCAGGUGCACCAGUGGAGGCUGGCACCAAGCCGCAUGGGCUGCUGGACACUGCCCGGAGCUGGGGCAGCCAGCUGGAGCGGGAGCCACAGGGCCGGGUUGCCCCCAGCACUCCCAACCCUCAGCACCUGAAGGCGAGACGGUGGCAGCAACGCCGGCAGGAGGAAGGGCACCGGCUGCUGGCUGAUGCCGGGCCCGAUGGAACACCCGGGAAGGAUGCAGAGCCCCCUCGUGACACAGCACCGGGAGCCCAAGCCAUGACACUGGUGAUCCCCACCAUGACCACGGUCUCCCAGGAGCAGCUGCUGGUCCCUCAGCAGCCAGGAGAGGGUAGGUACGGGCCCCCCGCCCCAGCACUCACCUCCCCAGCCUGCCACACCGGCACCGUCCUGCUCUUCCCCAACACCUCCACCGAGCACGUGGCUGUCCUGGGGCUGGGGCCGCGCCGGGGGCUGCAGGCGCUGUCGCUCUGUGCCUGGCUGGCCACCCCAGCCCCCUGCCUUGGUGCCCUCCUCUCCUACGCCACCGAGGACGGCGGCAGCCAGCUGGCUGUGCACGGCUGCGGUGGGGACCUCCCCGGCUCUGCGCGCUUCGUCAUCGGGGACGGGCAGUUUCGGGAGCUCCCGGUGAUGCCGCUCCUGGAUGGCAAGUGGCACCACCUCUGCCUCAUCUGGUCCUCCAGCCAGGGCCAGUACCGCUUCUAUGUGGACAGGCGGCUGCUGGCUGCCGGCUCCGGCUUCCAGCAGGGCUAUGAAAUUCCCACUGGUGGCUCGCUGGUGCUGGGCCAGGAGCAGGAGCACCCCAGCAGGGACUUCGGCAGUACAGAAGCUUUUGUGGGUCACCUGGCUGGCUUCGCUCUCUGGAGCCGGGCUCUCCUGCCUGGGGAAGUGGCCAGCAUGGCAACUGGCCAGGGGCUGCCCCGCGGCCCCCUCCUCACGCUGGCCGAUGCCUCCCUGCAGGGCGGGGUGCGGAGGGUGGCGUGUCCCUGCCUCCGGCACUGCCUGUGA